AUCCCUAGUCUGUCUCCGUGUUGCUCAACGCAGUGGUAGGCCCCCAGCUGCCAAACAAUGGCACAGAUCAGCCUUCUGCUUUCUUCUAAAUUUAUUAACUCUCGUGAGUCCCCACAUGCUCUCCUCUUUAUGUGGUGCUGUUCUGUCCUUCAUUCAACACUUCUUUCGCUCCCGUCUCUACCAAACGCUCGCUUGUGCUUUCCGCCAACCACAGUCCUUAUAUCCAGGCCGUUGGUUGUUUACGAAGACCACCGGACCUGACGCCCGCAUCAGCCACACAUCCGUUCAACGGUUCGCUUCCUAUUUGGGCCUCCGCGUCGCCCUCGACCGACUUCGACUACAGUUAGCUGCAGCUACGACUAUUCGUCAUUUCAUUUCGCGACUCUCACGCGUUUUGGUGUUUGGUAUUCCGCCUCGCGUCUUACCACAGCAACACCGACGAUCUAUCCGUUCUUUCCAUCCGCAUUACCCAAACGAUUUCCACUGUUCCCUCUCUUGAAGGAUUCAAUCUCGACCAGCAUUGCAUCGGCAAACCAGCAACGUCCACCUCUUGAGAUCCACAGCAGUUCUUUCGCCGAACGUUUCAGUAUACACACCUUGGACUGUACGACCAAAGUCGGCAACGA